AUGGCGGCGACGGCGGGAAUAGGAGCGUCCCUGGUGAGUUUUUCGGUGGCGAUGGCCGCGUUGGUGCUGUUCUUCGCUCGAGGGGCAACGGCUUUGUGGAUGGAGUUGCCCCCACAGGGGACGAAGUGCGUCUCGGAGGAAAUUCAGGCCCACGCGGUCGUCAUAGGCCAGUACGAUGUCCACUUCGAGGAACAUACCACCGAGUACCCUACCAUAUCUGCCAAGGUGAGCGGACGCGAUCCUCCGCUGCCAGUCUGAAUUAGAAUUAUCGUGAUCGAUGAUUGCGGCUGCCUUCCUAAUUCAUUUCAUAUGGUUGGAAUUCUGGGAUUAAUUAUAUAAUUGAUGCGUGUUUGGAGGGAUUCUGGUAAUAAGUUAGUAGGGAUCCAUGGUCCAUCAGAUUCAAGGUGGAACCUCAGGGGCAUGUAUGGUACCUCAGUUUGACAUGGAUAAAGAAAUGCUUCUGGCGAAAGUGUUGUUUUGCUGUUACAUGCCUAGGCACAUCAAUCCAGUGCGUUUCUUGCACAUGAUAAAAAAAAAAAUCAUUCCUGUAUUUAUUUUUUCCAUUUUCCGCGGGUGUGUAAAUUACUAGGGAUCCGCGGCGCCCGCAGUCAAAUUCCAAGUUUUCAAGGCAGAGGUGAUAGUAACUCAAUCUGUAAUGUAUAGAAAAAUUAUAUUAUUAGAACAGUUCAAUUGGUUAUUGGAUGCUGGUGAUUACAUAAGUGUCUCAGGAAAGAGCACACCUAUCCUGUGCUCUGAUUCCAUCACGUAAUAAAAUUGUGAUUUUCCGAUCUCUAUUUGCAUAGAUAUAAUGUGUUUCUCUAGGAUAAAGUUUUACUUUUCUUCCUAGAUUUCAGACAUCACCUUGGAAUCCCCAGAAAAACCACAUCUGGACAAAUCGAAUUAUCAAAGAAGGACGGUGAAGUACUAUUCACUUUCUCAAAUUUAGUGAACCCAGGAGAAAGCAGUUACUUGGGUAUUAGACUCAUGAGUAUCAUCUAAACAAUGAAAGUUCAUCCUAAUAAGGCAAUAAAUGUGUUCGAGGUUUGGUACAUAGUGUGCAAUUGUAGCAUGUCAUCGUCUUCAACCCAGAAGAUUCUGGCUUAUCAAUUUAACCCAUCUCCAAAUGUAACGUGCAUUUCAAUACGCAGUUUUUUAUUGGCUUAGAUUCCUCAUUAUCUAUGAUCUGUUGCAUUCUUCUUGUUAUUCCGUCUUGAUAUCUGAACCACCCUGUGUACUAUUUUCGAACUUUUAAUUUUAUAAUGAUGUAACCAUAUUAUAUAAUGGAAACUAAUGUAAGAUUUUUUUUCUUUCCUAGUCAAAUGACGGGGAUUGGAUGAAAAAUAGCCCUAAAUGGUUUUCCUUUUCAAAUUUACGGCACUGUUUACACACUAAAUAACGAUGCCAUCAGUGUAAUAAAAUUGGAGCAAGGUGGCAUGGAUGUUGGUUAUUAAUGGCAUUUUGCUUCCAAGUUUUUGAAGGUCAAGUCAUUCACUGAUUUCUGUGACAGAGGUUUUUCUAUUAACAAUUUUGCAAAGUCUAUUUAAUGGGACAACUGUUAAAGGUCGUAUUCAAUGGAAAAACUGUCGUUUGAGUAGGGCUAUUCUCUUACUGUUGGAGUAUAUAUCACAAUUUUUUGGCUGAAAAAUAAAAACUAUUUGAGUGUUUCUUUAGAAAUCACUCCAAGAUGCCGUUACAGAUUGGGGAAGAAUUGUACACUAUGAGCUUUGAGCCUCAAAUUUAGGUUCCAGUGUCAACAUGGGCACCCAUCUCGAAUUCAAUAAAUUCUUAAAACACAUCGCACUGACACAAGGACGAAUAAAUGGGCGUGCUUUUCCAUAAAGCCAUUUAUUUAAUAAUCUUUGGAUUAUUAAAAAAGGUGUUUUUUGGUUUUUAGAAAACUUUUAGAUAUGCUUAUCUCACUAGAGUUUACAUACAAUAUAAGUUAAUUUUAGAAAGUCAUCAUGAAGCCUGAGACUUGAAGAACAUCUUAAGCCUGUAGGUUGUUUUAGUCUUAUAUUCUUUGUCCUGUCUUAGAUACUGAAUAUCCAUCUAUGUCCUCUCUUAAGCUCCACUUCCUGUAGAAGAGCACCGAUUUCUUAGACAGAAACAAGUGAGCUGCAAGAGUCUUUCACCAGUUGAGGAUGCAUGAUCUUCCUAGUUUAGUUUACACUGCUAUUCUGGAGGAUUUUCUUGCAUCUAGAUGACUCAUUUUAGGUUUAUUAAGCCCCGGUUCUGGUUAGCCCGUUUGGCUAAUUUUCUGCAAAGUUCAAUAAAAUAUUUUUGAUAAAAUUAUGCAAAUUCUUCUGUCUCUAGACUUGAAUUUAUUUACAUUAAAGGAAAGUUUAUGUUGCUAAAAUAAAAUUAUAUCCACAUUAGACAUGGAGUUGGGCAUCCCGGGUUGGCGAUCUCGUGUCUGGUUCAAUAGAAGCCUGGCUUAAACUAGUUGGCUUUCUCGUUCUCACUCUGCAGAUUUCAACACCCUACGGAAAAAUGCUUCACGAAAGUAAGAAUGUCACUCAAGAUCACUUUGGUUUCACAACCACCGAAGCAGGGAACUACUUGGGAUGCUUCUGGGUGGAAUCAAAUCCUCAUAAUAUCAAGGUGAGCGUCAAUAUUGACUGGAGAACAGGGAUCGCGGCAAAAGACUGGGAAUCUGUCGCAAAGCAGGAAAAGAUUGAGGCAAGUGACGAUGAUAAGAGAAGAUUCGAUAGAAUUAUGAGAUUUUCUGUGGAAAAUUAUUUUUAUUGUGAACUCCGGCUGAUCCUUCUCUUUUGGUGAGAAAACAGGGCGUCGAGCUCGAGCUGAGGAAGCUAGAAUUCGCCGUGGACGCCAUCCGUGAGAACAUGGAGUACCUAAAGAGCAAGUAGGUUUCUUCUUGUUUGUUCAAAACCCAGUUCCUCUCCCACUUCCUCUCUCUAAUUUUCUUCCACGGCGCAGCUGCCCUCUCUCUCUCUCUCUACUGACAUUCAGUGUUCUUUGCCCAAAUGGGUAAUGCGAAGCUCAGUGAGUUCACUGCCAUGGGUGUUAAUGCUGGUGUUGCAGAGAGGAGGACAUGAGAGAGACAAGUGAGAGGACAAACGCCAGGGUCGCAUGGUUAAGCAUAAUGUCCAUAGCUGUGUGCAUUUCGACCUCCGUCGUUCAGUUGUGGCGUCUGAAGACGUACUUCCGGAAGAAGAAGCUGAUCUAG